AUGAUCUGUACUGCCCCUGAUGGAAGAGGGACAAUGGAGAGUGGUAUAAUUGGAGGAAUGGAAGUGAUUCCACACUCCCGACGCUAUAUGGUGUCUGUUCAGAUUAACAAAAUGCAUGUGUGUGGUGGCAUGCUUAUCAAAAAGGAUUAUGUGCUGACUACAGCCCACUGUGCAAAUGACUCUGAAUGCUCUGGAGAGGUCAAGCUGGAAGUGGUACUGGGAGCUCACAACAUCAGGCAAAGGGAGCCCCAACAGCAAAGAAUCGCAGUGGAGGAAUGCAUCAAGAAUCCCUGUUACAAGAGCAAACCUCCAAAUGAUAUCAUGCUACUGAAGCUGAAGUCUGAAGCCAAGCUGACAAACAGUGUGCAAGUCAUUGAUCUUCCCGUGGAGAAUGAGAACCUUCCAGCCAAUAUGAUAUGUUCAAUAGCUGGCUGGGGGAGGAAAGAACAGAACAGAACAUCAAAAGUCCUACGAGAGGUGAAUCUCACCAUACAAGAUAACUCUGAGUGCAAGAAGCAUUGGAAAGAUGUCUUUGACACAGACAGCAUGAUCUGUACUACUGAUGGAAGAGGUGCUUUUUGUAAGGGUGAUUCAGGGAGUCCUCUUAUCUGUGGAAAAAAACCACAAGGAUUAGCUGCAUAUGCCCACACUGACCACUGCUCACACCCCAAGCAUCCAGAGGUAUAUAUGAAGGUCUCCUACUUUCUUCCAUGGAUUAAAGAAAUAAUACACAAGAGAGAAUUAACACAAUCGAAGUAACCAUGAUAAAAAAUGGAAGUAAAAACAAUCACAAUAAAAUGUACAUUGCAAACGUGAAAUGUGUUUUCUCAUCUUUUGUGUAUAUCUCAGAUGUGCAUUAUUUAUAUUAGAAAAUGCUAGUUGUUAUGCACAUAUAGUGCUAUAUAUAAAGGUUAAAAUUUAAAUAAAAUCUAAGCUAGUUUCAAGCCUAAAGUAAAGAAGUCAUU